GUGAAAAAGAAGAUAGAACCUUGAGAAAAUCCCAUUACGAAGACCAAGUAGAUAGAGACGAAUCUCAGAAGGUCUCCCAUUAUCAUGCGGUAGAUCAUCACCACGAAGGGCCCGACUGUUUUGAACCCUCGGCAGAAGAAAAGAAAGUAUGGAGCCGUUGUUAGCAUCACCACUACCGCCAGAAUGUCUUCUACUUUGUCUUGGCAAGCCAUCCUUAGGAAUGGAAAUGACAGAAGGAUGCAGCAGGAGAAGAGGAACAUCACUCGCGAGGGUGCUGUCAUCUGAAAGAGUAACCAGAUUUUCAAUGAACAUAUUGAGGCCCAAGAAACGAGCUUCUCGUAGUGCUGCUGCGAUGUAAAAAAUUGCGCCGAAUUCCAUAAAAACUUCAGCGGUGAGACGGAUUUUCGCUGUUGAGCUUUCUAAGUGCAU